AUGAAAAGCUCAAUUGUCUUGUCUAUCUUCAGCAUUCUUGCUCUCACUCAAGCAGCCAUUUUCGACAACACCACUGCUCCUAUUGAAGAUGAACCUGUUACUCUCAUAAUCGAAGAUGGUGAUGAUGAAUUAUUCCUUACCGACAACUUGGAUGACGAAGACGAUUUAUACGUUACUGUCAUAGAUGACGAAGAUUUAAUCACCUCCACUCCAAUUUUAACUCCAACUUCCUCUUCAAGUGUUCUUUCAACUAUAUCUUCUAUUUCAUCCAGCAGAAGCUCACUCUCAAGAUCAAGUUCCAGAUCAAGUUCCAGCUUUGAGUCAAGUUCAUCCAGAUCUAGAUCCUCCAGUUCAUCUGUAGAAGCCAGUGAAUCCGAAUUUGAAACUGCCUCUGAAACUGACAUCAGCUCUGCAACUGAAAAUUUCGCUCCAGCCGUUAAAGUUGCUUUCUCUUCUACUUUCCUUGGUGCUUUAGCUAUCUUGUUACUUUAG